GCUGAAUCUCUCCCCGAUCUCUCACCGCAUCCAGGGGCUGGGGAGCAUUGAGCAAUUGCUGCCCGUCUUGUUCCCUCCAUCUAUCCGUGCUCCCACCUUAGUCCACCUCGCUUUAAUCAUGUCGCGAAUGUGGGAAGUUGAUCCCGAGACGAGGGCCAAGCUUGUCCAGUUCUCCAAAAUCAACGGCAACGACAAAUGCUGCGACUGCGGCGCACCCUCGCCCCAAUGGGCCUCCCCCAAAUUCGGCACCUUCAUCUGCCUUAACUGCGCCGGCACUCACCGUGGUCUAGGCGUCCACAUCUCCUUCGUCCGCUCCAUCACCAUGGACGCCUUCAAAACCUCCGAGAUCCUCCGCAUGGAAAAUGGCGGCAACGAACCCUGGAAGACCUUCUUCGACUCCCACCCCAUCACGCAAUCCGAAGGUCGCACGUUUGAAGACUCCACCAUCAAAGAGCGUUACGAGGGCGAGGUCGGCGAGGAAUGGAAAGAGAGACUCUCCGCUAAGAUCGAAGGCAGGGAAUACGUCCCCGGUCAACAGCAACCCCCACAACCGAAGAAGAAAGAACCGACGUCACGGUCGAGCACACCUCUCGCUGCUCGGGGCGGAUCCCCUGCGUCGCUUGACGCGGUGCCAGAACUGAGUAAGAAGGAACGCAACGAGGCGUAUUUUGCUCGCUUGGGGACGGAGAAUUCUUCGCGUUCGGAAUCGGUGCCUCCGUCGCAGGGGGGCAAGUUUACCGGUUUUGGUGGUGGAAUGCCGGCUACAAGUGCGUCGAAGUCCUCGUCGGGCGGUAACGGGGCGGGAAUUCCGGGGUUAGAUGAUUUUCAAAAAGAUCCGAUGGCUGCGUUGACGAAGGGAUUUGGAUGGUUCACAACGACGGUCGGGAAGGGCGCGAAGACGGUGAAUGAUUCGUAUAUCCAGCCUACGGCGAAGACGAUAGCAGAAUCCGACUUUGCAGCCCAAGCCCGCGUCCACGCCUCUACACUAGGCCAGAACAUGCAGUACGGAGUCCGCGGCGCAGCAGAUCAUUUCCAGCGUUUCGUCGAGGGACAAGAUGAGGCUGCAGCUGCGGCCGCAGCACGGAGAGGCCGUGCAGAGCCCGAACGGAAGGACUUCUGGGAUUCAUUCUCUACUCUCGCAGCGGAAGAUAGUCAUCGGAGGACUGCGUCGAGGUCGAGUGCCAUUGGGACUGCGGCCAUGAAGACGGGGCCUAGUGGUGCUGGCGCUUCUUCGGCUUCGUCUGCUGCUGCUACGUCGACGGCGACGUCCACAGCAACGGUAGGGAAGAAAAGUACGGAUGAGGGAGGAUGGGAUGAUAAUUGGUAAAUGGAUUAGAUCUCGUUUCUUUCUACCUAGGUUAGAUUGUUGGGUAGAUAUCAUGUAGCGUUCAUAUAGUUGCCUACCCGUCUUGCCUACGCUGAAUGACAAGACAGCAUUACUUGUGAUUGAUUGAUUGAUUAAUGAAAAGGAGUAUGACAUGCCAGGUUUCGAUCGGAGUGUUGGAGUGAGUUGUUGCCCGGGAACACUGCAUUGAGAGAGAGCGAGAGUAUGC